AACAAAGAUAAAUAAAAUUUGAAAGAAAAACUAAAUUAUAAUAUCUUUACAGAAAUUUCUGACGACAAGGCAGACCUGGUCAUCCAAAUCGAGGACGAAUCCGGGGACGAAGGCGGAGCUGACGUCAACACUCGGGCCGACGACACCCCCUGCCCGAUCAGGGAAGAGGAAAUCAAGCACCGAAUCCUAAGUCAGGCCAACCGUGGAAAAUCGCAAGGAAAGCCGGCAGCGGUUACCGGCUUCAAAUUUCCAAUCGCCGAUGAAGCUACGCUCGGUGCGCUCGAAAAUGCCGUCAACACGUACAACAAGACUCGACGGGAAUAUAUCAAUUAUUUGGUAAAAAUUAAACCAAAAUUGGUGCCGGUUCAUCAAAUCUUCUCAGUAUUGUUUGCACCUUCUUCCUUGCAAAAAUUUUGCUUUUACGAAACUAACAAACAAAAAUCGAUGCGAAGCUACAGUAUUUUCUGGGCAUGUAUGCUUGCGACCAUUAACCUACUGGAAACGAUCAUCAAAAUUGAAAAUGAUUCCGACGAGGACCCGUUCUGUCCCUCACCCCACCAUGAAUCGGCUGAAAUUUUUAUUUCUGCCCACCAAUGUUCUAGCCAAGCAAAGCAAAUUCCAAAACGGCUACACCUCCCAGCUAUUCCAUCGGGAGUCACAGGAUUCAACUUUCCCAUUGCCGAUGAACUCACAACUGAGCGGCUUGAAGCAGCCGUUAGAAAUGACGCAAAAGUUCGCGAAGAAUACAUCAACUUUCUGCAAGUGAAAAAGCCAAAAUCGGUUAAGAUUGUGAAGAUGUUUCGCACGCUCUUUUCGGACGCAGCUCUGAUGAACUACAACUUUUCCGGACUCUGCCACAAGGGCAUUUCGCUCGAGAGCUCCGCGAAAAAGGCGUUCAAAGACUACGCUAUUUUUUGGGACUGUAUGCUCGAGGCCUGGCAAGAUCAUGGAAUCGAUUCAAACGUGUUAAGGGAAAGUCUCAAGCUUGUUAAGAAAAACGUACACAAGCGGAAACGAAGCCGCAAAUAUAUGGACAAAAUUAAACAGAAAAAAAUUAAAAGUAGUUGAAACUUUUUUGUAACUUAUGGAAAAAUGCAGUACCAGAAAAAAAAAAAUGUUUGAAAUGUUGAAUAAAUUUCUAUUUAUUUUUAAAAGCGAUUGUUUUGUUUU